AUGGCGAAGAACUCAUCCGAAAUUAUACCUUUAUCACCACCCUCAAGUCCAACUAUUCAGCUUCAAGUGAACCAAAAGUUUGCUCGGGUCUAUGAGGAGCGAAAACGCAAGGAGGAGCUCACAGCUUUGGAAAAGCGUGGAAUCGACACUAGCGACGACUAUUCGAGCUCAGAGACGGAAGACGAGGAUGGUGAGGCACUUACAAAGGAGAUCGAUGCGGACAUCAAUAAGACGCUCAAGCUUAUCCGUAAAAAGGAUCCAGCCAUCUACGACCCUUCUAUUACUUUUUUUAAGAAUGUUGAGUCGAAUAGCAGCGAUGAAGACAAAUCAAAGAGAACGAAGACGACAAUGAAAAGCUCGACACCAUUGUACUACAAAGAUCUGGUGCGUCAGCAAGUAAUUGCGGGAGACGUCAGUGGUAGUGAAGAGGACGAGGAGUGCGAGCCGAUUCGAACGUACCAAGAAGAGCAGGAUCAAAUUAAAAAGGAUUUUUUGGCAUCACUGAAGGAAAAGGAUCAAGAAAAUGAGGAGAAUAACUUGGAUGGAGGACUUUUUACGAUUAGAAAGAAGGCUGAUGGAGAAGAAAGACAGGAGGAUGAAAAAUUCUCAGAAGAUUUUCUUGAGUACGAAUUUAAGUCAAAGCAAGAAGAGGUAGACCCCGACAAAUUUCUUGAGCAUUAUUUGAGUAGUGAAGGCUGGAAGGAAAAGUCGGCAAUUGUCCCGCAUUAUGAUGAAAUCGUGAAGGAAGAUGAAGAAGACGCCGAGGAAUUGGAAAAGGCUGAGGAUUUUGAACAUACAUACAACUUUCGUUUUGAGGAGCAGGGAAGCAGUGUGAUUCAGACUUAUUCUCGACGUAUUGAAGACACAAUGCGUCGAGAAGACGACUCACGCAAACGCAAACGGGCUGAGCGAAAGGAACGUAAGGCCCUCGAACGGCAGAAGAAGGAAGAGGAGUUACGUCGCUUGAAGAAUCUUAAGCAAGCAGAAAUCGAACGGAAGCUGACGAAAAUUGCACAUCUCAUGGGUGAACCAGACGGCACCGCUAGCCUCAAGCCAGAGGAUUUGGAAGGCGACUUUGAUCCUGAAGAGUACGACAAGCGUAUGCAAGCCGUCUUUGAUGAUCAAUAUUAUGACGAGGACGACGAUAUGGAGAAGCCUACAUGGGACGAAGAAGAGGAUAAGGAUCUUUUUGGUGAUUUACCUGUAGAUCCGGAUGAGGAAGUAGAAGAAAGUGUUGAGGAGAAGAUUCAGAAGGAAGGGGGAAGUAUCGACGAGCAGACUGAAGAUGUUGAAGAGGAAGCUCCGCCGAAACAGCUGACGGCUGAGGAAAUGCGGCGAGAGAAGCAAAAGUACUUAGACGAACUCUACGGCUUAGACUACGAAGACCUGAUUGGCGAUAUGAAAUGUCGCUUCAAGUACCGCCAGGUACAGAACAAUGACUUUGGUCUCACGGUGGACGAGAUCAUGGCUGCUGAUGACAAGGAGCUAAAGCAGCUUAUCUCUCUUAAGCGAAUGGCUCCAUAUGCCGACAAGGAGUAUUCUGUUGAUCGAAAGCGGUUGAAGAACUUAAAGAAAAGUAUCAAAAAAGCCCAGCAGGAGCACAGGAGACGCAAGGCUAAGAAGGAAGUUGUCAAAGCAGAGGAGGAUAUUUUGCAAAAGAAACGAAAGCGGAAAAAGAGCACUAAGGUCGAGACUGAAGAAGACGAGGCGGCGCCCGAGGCAGAUGCGUGUGACGCUAGAGUAAGGAGCAAAACGAGAAAUGGGGAUGAUGUCAAGUCAACAGCAGAAAAACAUGGCAGUAAAUUGAACAAGAGGAAGCGGCGAAGUAAGAAAAAAAUCGACGAGAAAAAGAAUUUGUUUGCAUCCACCGGUCUGCCGACUUCGCGACUUGAGUCGUACAAGCUGGUAAAGAGUAGCACGGCCUAA